AUGGAUCAGUACUUAUUUGUGUUUUCACAAGUGCACCCACAAUUUCGACGCGCAGAGCUAGAAAGUAUAUGUGAUUUGUAUGGAAUUGCAUGGGAUCGAAAUAAAGAUUUUUUGAGUGAUGAACAUCAUGUUUGCCUGUUCGAAUUUCCUUCAGUAAAUGAUGUGUUGAGAAUAUUGUCACGAUCAGUUCUUGUCAAAUAUGCCCUCGAGUGGAUAGCAAGUGCUGGUACUUACCAAGAUUUAUACGAAGCUGUAGCUAAACGUCGAGACAGAAUACUGAAGUAUGAUUCAACAGAGCAAUCUUUCGCGAUAAAGAUGCAAACUAUUGGAAAGAAAAGAAUGAGAAUUUCUUCUCAUGAUGUAAUUUUGAAGAUUGGAGAAGCACUUGGUUUCCAGAGAUCUCCCGUAAAUUUGAGUAAUCCAUGUAAUAUGUUUUACGUUAUCGAAGAAAAUGUUUCUAUAUGGUUUCAGAGGCUUCAUUGCGGAAAGCUGAAAAAUGUUUACUCCCUGAAAGAUCGAUGUUACAUUGGUAAUACAACUUUGGAUCCAGAAUUAUCGUUUCUUCAAGCUAAUAUAGCAAAAGUGAACGUUGGCUCGAUUGUACUUGACCCAUUCUGUGGAACAGGUGGUUUGAUGGUUGCUGCAGCCCAUUUUGGUGCUGCUGUUAUGGGUACUGAAAUAAACUAUCAAGUUGCGAGAGGAGUCGUUAAUUACGUAGGUAAAUCUUCACGUGCUGGAGUCAAAUAUCACACAGCUGAAAAAUCAGUUGCUGCUAAUUUUCAACAGUAUGGAACCGAUGUGUACUUCAUGGGUUUAGUGAUUGCAGAUGCUAGUCAACACAAUUUGUGGUAUCCUGGCAUUCAUUUCAAUACAGUUCCUGUAUUUGAUGCUAUAAUUACUGAUCCGCCGUAUGGAGUGAGAGAAAAAGGGCAAAAGGUCGGUGUCAAAGAAAAAAAUGAAUCUUGGAUUAUCAAAAAUACUGAUCAUCUGAUUCAUUUUCCGGAAAAAGCCAAAUAUUCUAUUUUAUCAACAUUCCUUGAUCUGAUUGAUCUAGCCUGCAAAUUACUUGUUGUCGGUGGACGUUUGUUGUUUUGGUUUCCAGUGCUUGUUGCUGAGUAA